AAAAACAAUCCAAACAGCAACAGAGCGACACAUCGAUAUUAUAUAUUGGCAAUUAACCAUUCUUUCGUUAGUAAACUGCAUUUACGUCAACGAAACAUGUGGAACAAAAGAAUGCCUAAUAUCUAUAUGGACAUUAACCAUUAAGUAUUCUUACUACGGAUAAAAAUGUUAUAGAAAUACGUAACUGGAACUUUAAAGAAAAACAGCAACCAUUGACCGUGGACAAAAUUACUUUUGUUGUGGUGACGCAAUGUAUUCAUAAUUUACAAGUGAAACCACAUUGAGGCACCCGGCAGCUUAUUUUAACCGAUUGGGUUGAAACAUCCCUAACAUUGUAGCAACACAUUCGUUGUGGAGUCAAGCCCCUGGACUCUCAUCUCCCUCAUCUAUUUCUCUCUUCUCUGUGUAUAACUGCUUGAUUAUAUUUAUCUCUGAUCGCUGCGAUAUAUUAGCUACUGUUACUGAUCUAUAUCCGUCGUAUAUACUAACAUAACAGCUACUAAUAGUUAUCUAUUGCUCUCAGACAUGGCUUUACCAUUAACACAAUCACCGACACGGGUGGUUUUAAUUGCUUGUGGAUCUUUUAACCCUGUCACCAAUAUGCAUUUGAGGAUGUUCGAACUAGCUCGAGAUUCUCUAAACAAAACAGGAAGAUAUCAAGUUGUUGGUGGAAUUAUGUCUCCUGUCUCAGACUUUUAUUCCAAAAAGGGUUUGGAGAAAGCUACUCAUCGCUGUGAAAUGGUUCAGUUAGCAUUAGAAUCAAUGGACUGGGUCAGGUUAGACACAUGGGAAAGUGAACAAGACAAAUGGACAGAGACUCUCCAUGUCUUGGAGCAUCAUAGUUCCAAACUACGUACAGUUGACAGCAAUGCUAAUAUAUCUUUAAAAAAUGUUUCGAAAGAUGAAGUUGAUGGGACACGAAUGACUCUGCAGAACUUGUGUUUUAAUCAGCCAACUGCCCAGAUCAAGCUACUCUGUGGUGCUGACCUUUUAGAAUCAUUUGCAAAACCAGGACUUUGGAAAGAUGAAGAUCUGGAGAAAAUACUUUCCAAAUAUGGUCUUGUUUGUAUCACUCGAGAGAACUCAGACCCAAGAAAGUUCAUUUAUGAAAAUGAUAUGUUAAACAAAUACCAGGAAAAUAUAUUUAUUGUCCCAGAAUGGAUACGAAAUGACAUCAGUUCUACAAAGAUUCGCCGAGCUUUGCGGCGUGGUGAAAGUGUGAAAUUCCUCUUGCAAGAACCAGUCAUAGAUUAUAUUUACCAGCACCAACUCUAUAACAUAAACACUUUCAAGUCUAACAAGAAUCUUAAUGAGAUUGUCAACCUCAUGUACUGCCACACAUCCAAGAAUGUAAUAGAAGAGAAAGGAAUGUCUUUGCAAUCGUCAACCUUCAGUUCCGCAGAAUUUUCAUCUCAUUCACCAAAAAGGCAAAGGGAAUUUGAUGAAACUGAUUACAUUCAAUAUUCACCGAAGCGCAGGACAUGUAUGGGAGAUAUUGGCGGCUUGAUGCGUAAAGUGAAAAGUGCCAGAAUGGCUUUUACACCGGAAACAUGUGUUUAAAGAAAAAUUUUAAAAACAUGCAAAAGGAAAAACAAAUACCUGAGCAAGACCCAAAUUAAAAACAAUUUAUGACUGUUCCUUUUAGCCUUUUCUGCGUGGCUUAUUGUUGAUGUAAUUACCUAUGCAAACACAAGGAUUAUUGUUAUUAUAUAUAUAUAUAUUUCUUUU